UCUACGUCGCAACCGAGACAGCUCGAUCGGUAGUGAGAGAGAGACAUACAGAGAAAUGGCGGCUAUGGAGGAAGUGAGCAACAAGCAGAUAGUACUGAAAGACUACGUCACCGGAUAUCCCAAAGAGUCCGACAUGGAAAUCCGUACGAGGAAUCUGAAGCUGGAGGUUCCACAAGGUUCCAACGCCGUUCUUGUUAAGAACCUCUAUCUUUCUUGCGACCCCUACAUGCGUGCUUGCAUGACCAAACCCCAUGACGACACAUAUUUCGACUCUUUCACUCCUGGAUCACCCAUUGCUGGAUAUGGAGUUGCUAAAGUCGUGGAUUCUGAUAAUCCAAACUUCAAGAAAGGCGACUUGGUUUGGGGAAUAACUGGAUGGGAGGAGUACAGCAUUAUCACUUCUACACAGCUGGGCCUCUUUAAAAUUGAACAUACAGAUGUGCCUCUUUCUUACUACACUGGACUCCUCGGUAUGCCCGGUAUGACUGCUUAUGUUGGAUUUUACGAUGUGUGCUCUCCCAAGAAAGGAGAUACUGUUUAUGUUUCAGCUGCAUCUGGUGCUGUUGGUCAGCUUGUUGGACAAUUAGCAAAGCUUUUUGGUUGCUAUGUUGUUGGUAGUGCUGGAAGCAAACAGAAGGUUGAUCUGCUGAAGAAUAAAUUUGGGUUUGAUGAAGCUUUUAACUACAAAGAGGAGCAGGACUUGGAUGCCACUUUGAAAAGGUAUUUCCCUAAUGGAAUUGAUAUUUACUUUGAGAAUGUGGGGGGAAAGAUGCUGGAUGCAGUGCUUCCCACCAUGAACCUUCAUGGGCGCAUCGCUGUGUGUGGAAUGAUCUCGCAAUACAAUCUUGAAAAACAUGAAGGUAUUCACAACUUAUUUUGCCUCAUCUCGAAACGGAUUCGCAUGGAAGGAUUUAUAGUAGUUGACUCCUAUCAUCUGUAUCCAAAAUAUCUGGAGAUAAUCCUGCCAUGCAUAAAGGAAGGAAAGGUUACAUAUGUGGAGGAUGUAGCUGUGGGUCUUGAAAGUGCCCCUGCUGCUCUGGUUGGCCUUUUUUCUGGUCACAAUGUUGGGAAGCAGUUGGUGGCCAUUUCACAUGAUGAAUAAUAUAUAUAAUUUGGCAUGGCUGUAGACUGUGUAACAUGUAGAAGGUGAUCUAUCUGCACUAAUAAAAUUACUAAAUUCGUUUUC